CACCAGAGCAAACAGUCAGGAGGGAGAAGGAAGGAGAUGGCCGACUAGGUGAAAGGCUUUAACUCACUGCUGCUAUUUCGACGGCGACAUUCCCUUCACACAUCACACCGUGACAACUCAAGCGCCUCAAGGACGUGUGUAACGUCUCGCUUCUCUUCCACAAUGGCGGAACAAAACAGCAACGUCAGAUACCAGGAGCUGGUGAAUGAGGAGGAACCAUCCCAGGAGGGUGCAGCUCAGGACGCACCACCGCCCUAUAGCAGUGUUUCUGCAGCAAAUGCCGCCUUCUUUGAAUACAAGGAAGAUGGAGGAAGAUUUCCCAACCCUCCAUCUUACAGUGUUGCCACCACUCUGCCCUCCUAUGAUGAAGCUGAGAGAAGCAAAGUAGAGACUGCCGUGCCUCUGGUCAAUGGAAGAGUCACGGAGGACGACUUUGUGGCUAGAGAUGACUUUGAGGAUGCUGAUCAGCUGCGAAUAGGAAACGACGGCAUCUUCAUGCUCACUUUCUUCAUGGCGUUCCUCUUCAACUGGAUUGGCUUCUUCUUGUCGUUCUGUUUGACCACAUCAGCUGCUGGUCGGUAUGGAGCCAUCUCUGGCUUUGGCCUGUCCCUCAUCAAAUGGGUUCUUAUCGUCAGGUUUUCCACCUACUUUCCUGGUUACUUUGAUGGUCAGUACUGGUUGUGGUGGGUCUUCCUGGCUCUGGGCUUCAUGCUGUUCAUCAGAGGCUUCGUUAACUACUCCAGAGUGCGGAAAUUAGCUGAUCCCGCCUAUGCCACUCUUCCCCGAACAAGGGUGCUCUUCAUCUAUUAGAGUAAAACAAAUGUAGGAUGACGGUUGUGGAAGAAUGGACACGAUGGAAAAGAACCGAGGAAUUAAAACUGAAGAUGCUCCACGAGAAAUCCAACAGACGAGUUAUAGGUGAAGUUGAGUCUCAAUAAAAUAUUCAGGAAUUGUAUCACUUGUUUUAUUUUGUUUUGAAACUUAAUGGGAAAAUGUUAACAGUAAUAGUUCCUCAGUGUACUCAUUAGUGGUGAAUGUUAAGUGCUAUUUAAAUCUCAGUCUGUAACGUUUAAGUAAUGCCUUAUAUCAUUUGAUGGUAGCAUACGAGCAUGCGUCUGCCCUUGAAGUCCGUUAAGUAGGAGAGUCUCGUGUUGGUAACACUUGAAGCCAACAGGUAUGAUGUAUAAUACAGCACUCUGAAGGCUGGUCAUAGCAUGUAACACACUUGUUAGUGUAAUCUGCACUAAAUCUUUAAUUGUGACUAUUAUGGGCUGUUUGUAGACACCACACAUACACUUAAAAAGGCAAAUUAGGUUGUGAAUGCUAUUAUAUGCAUCAACACAGUACAGUAGUCCACUCACCUGUUGGCUUUAAGUAGUGUUGCCCUUUUUAGCCAGAAGAUGGCAGUGUUCUUUUUCUCCCUUUUACCUUUUAAACAUUGUAAAAUCUGUUCAUCAGGGGCUUUGAACACAAUUCACACACAAAAAGCACAUUGACACGACAACUGUGUGUUAAAUGUUACGGCUUUUGCCUCUAAAAUGUUCUGUUGUACAUUGAGACAGGUGAAACUAACCUUGUUGGAAAAAGAGAUUUUAAGUUGCAUAUAAGAUCUAAGAUAAUGUUGCUUUGAAAAUAAAUCUAAAUAAAUAAGAAGAAGCAGCAACUAAGAACCACAUGACAACAAAAGUCAGGUGACUGUGAGGGGGACACAGGUUUUCGAACAGUGACCGCAACCAAAAUUAGUUUUUAUUUUUAGGGCGCAGGAGCACAUUUUCUGCUUCACGUUGCCUAAAACAGCGUGACCUUUGAGUGACUCAGCAGUGAGUCAGUGGAUUAGGAGUCACAGUCACCGUCAGCAAAAAAAACCCUCUGUAAUUGGAGAAAACGGUCUUUGGCUGUCGGUGUUUCAGCUGCUAAUGAUCUCGCUGAAGCAUUAGGAGCACAUUAUCCAAGAGUCUUUUUCCAAUUUGGUCUUUGCCUUAACAUUUAAUUCACCAAUUGGGGAUGGUGUUCAUAUUUUAGGCAGGGAAGGGGCUCAACCUUUUCUUUCUUUUCUUUUUUCGAGUUGCAAAAUGUCAGCUAUUUUGUGGAUAUUAAAUAUAUAUAUCAAAGAAUGUUGUAUGCAGGUGCACUUUUAGAAACAUAGCUGAUAAAACCCAGAAAGGAUGUUUUCAACAAGUCUCACACAUGGAAGUCAUGAAUUCUAUGAUGCAGCAAAGAAAGAUGUAUUUUUUUGUGUGUGUUUUUAAUCAGGAGGAAAUGGUAAGUCAGUAAUGAUACUGCACACUUAAUCAUGAAUCAAAAACUGUCAGUUGGAGUUCAUUUAGAUCUAAGGCUGAUCCAGCAAAUUGAAAUGUUUCCCGUGAAUCUUUCACUGCAUACUUCUGCCAUGGCUUUGACACAGACCCCAUUAUGCUUCUUUCUGUGUGAUGUAGAGCUGCAGUCUUGGGGUUUUGUUGUUAUGAAACUGUACAGAAAAUGUUUAGUGUUGAAUAAAUGUCACUUUGAACGAG